GGGCCGGAAGCAGCGGGACGCGCCGCGCGGCACUUGUACAACCUUGAUGUGAGAGCUGUGGGGGAACUGGAACAGAACUGGGAUGCCAGCUCUGUCACCUUCGUCCUUGUGCGCUGGUGGAACCCGACGUGCUGCUGCUCAGCGCUGAAAACAGGUUGUAGAAGAAAGUAGCCGGAUUUGAUCCAGGCAAGAGCAGAGUGACGUGAGGAGGAGGGAGACGCUCGAAAGAUGCGAACUAACCCUGUCUGGAGGUUUCUUGUUGGGGAGUUAAAAACCAAGUCUUUGAAUGAAGACAAUGAAGAUCCACCUGCGUUUGUUGCAGUCGUGUCCAGGACUGAAGGUGGACUGUAGCACGUCUGUCUACGCAGAUUGUUAAUACCGUCGCGAUGGUUUCGUUUCGUGCUUCUUCUCCAAGCAUCUGAAAAAGAAAAGCAGUAUCUGCGGGGGUUGAGGAAAACCUGAUGCUUUUUAUUUGGAAGCACGGUUGAAAGAAGUGGUAUGUGCUAAAAAUUGGCCAGUUUAAAGCCAUUACCCCUUGUCCUGUCGCUACAUCUCCUUGUAAAAAGUCCCUCUCCAAUGAAAUUCUACAGUUAAAAUUAGACCCCCGCUCACCCGCUCUGCUCGCUCCCCCGGCUCGUCCCUGGAGGGAAGGACGAGGCUGCUCGCGGCUGUCUGGCGGAUCAGCAGGGGACAGCACAGCUUGAUCCAGCUGUGGGGUCUGCAGUGAGGGUGCAGCACCAGAUUUGCAGAAGACAUCUCAGAAUGUUGUGUCGUGCUGCUCUGAGCCCUGUUGUCCGUUCCCCUGGAUGGUGCUUUGUGUUACCGCCACAUGCCACUGCAGCCAUGCCCCGUUCAUAUCCCCCUCGCCACAACCAAAGAUUAAGGAAUGAACCCAUCCGGUUUUGGAGCAACAUCCCGUUUAUCACCGUGCCGCUCAGCCGUGCACAUGGGAAGCCGUUUGCGCACCGCAGCGAGCUGAAGCACGCGAAGCGGAUUGUGGUGAAGCUGGGCAGUGCUGUUGUGACGCGCGGGGACGAGUGUGGCCUGGCCCUUGGAAGGCUGGCAUCUAUUGUAGAGCAGGUGUCAAUGCUGCAGAAUCAGGGUCGAGAGAUGAUGAUUGUCACCAGUGGUGCUGUAGCUUUUGGAAAGCAGCGGUUACGUCAUGAGAUCUUGCUUUCUCAGAGUGUGAGGCAAGCGCUUCAUUCAGGGCAGAGUCAGCUGAAAGACAUGGCUAUUCCAGUCCUGGAGGCGCGGGCCUGUGCCGCAGCUGGGCAGAGUGGGCUCAUGGCGUUGUACGAGGCCAUGUUCACGCAGUACAGCAUCUGUGCAGCUCAGAUUUUAGUCACCAACCUGGAUUUCCAUGAUGAACAGAAGCGUCGGAACUUAAAUGGAACAUUGCAUGAGCUUUUAAGAAUGAAUAUUGUCCCUAUAAUUAACACUAAUGAUGCUGUUGUUCCACCUCCGGAGCCAAACAGUGAUCUACAGGGGGUGAUUAGUGUGAAGGAUAACGACAGUCUGGCAGCACGACUGGCUGUGGAAAUGAAAACUGAUCUCCUGAUUGUUCUCUCAGAUGUAGAAGGACUCUUUGACAGCCCUCCAGGAUCUGAUGAUGCAAAGCUCAUUGACAUAUUCUACCCAGGAGACCAGCAGUCUGUAACGUUUGGAACCAAAUCCCGGGUGGGAAUGGGAGGCAUGGAAGCCAAGGUGAAAGCAGCGCUGUGGGCCCUCCAAGGAGGCACCUCUGUAGUGAUUGCAAAUGGAACCCACCCAAAGAUCUCGGGUCAUGUCAUCACAGAUAUUGUGGAAGGGAAAAAAGUUGGAACUUUUUUUUCAGAGGUAAAACCUGCAGGUCCUACGGUGGAGCAGCAGGCUGAAAUGGCGCGAGCUGGUGGCAGGACGCUGGCAGCUCUGCAGCCGGAGCAGAGAGCCGAGAUUAUUUAUCGUCUUGCUGAUUUGCUAACUGACCAGAGAGAAGAAAUUCUCUUAGCAAACAAAAAGGAUUUAGAAGAGGCUGAAAAUAAAGGAAGACUGGCACUUCCUUUGUUGAAACGUCUAAGUUUGUCUACGUCAAAGCUGAACAGCUUGGCUAUUGGUCUGCGUCAGAUCGCAGCGUCCUCAAAGGACAGCGUGGGCCGAAUAAUUCGGCGAACGCGGAUAGCGAAAGACCUGGAUUUGGAGCAGGUCACAGUGCCGAUUGGUGUCCUUCUUGUGAUCUUUGAGUCCCGUCCUGACUGUCUUCCACAGGUGUCUGCUUUAGCCAUAGCCAGUGGAAAUGGCUUAUUACUUAAAGGAGGGAAAGAGGCAGCACAUAGCAAUCAAAUCCUUCAUCAUCUGGUACAAGAAGCACUCUCCACUCAUGGAGUCAAAGAUGCAGUGCAACUAGUGAACACAAGAGAGGAAGUAGAAGAUCUCUGCCGUUUGGAUAAGCUGAUAGAUCUAAUCAUUCCACGUGGUUCAUCACAGCUGGUCAGGGAUAUCCAGAAAGCUGCAAAGGGAAUCCCAGUAAUGGGACACAGCGAAGGGAUCUGCCAUGUGUAUGUGGACACGGAUGCCAGCGUUGAGAAGGUCACACGAAUAAUCAGAGACUCAAAGUGUGAAUACCCUGCUGCCUGUAAUGCUCUGGAAACUCUCUUAAUUCAUCGAGACUUGCUGAGAACCCCGUUGUUUGAUCAGAUCAUAGACAUGUUGAGAGUAGAACAGGUGAAGAUCCACGCUGGCCCGAAGUUUGCAUCGUACUUGACAUUCAGCCCUUCAGAAGUGAAAUCUCUCCGCACAGAAUAUGGAGACCUGGAGUGCUGCAUUGAGGUGGUGGACAGCGUCCAGGAGGCUGUUGAACAUAUCCACAAGUAUGGAAGUUCUCACACGGAUGUUAUCAUCACGGAGAAUGAGAAAAUGGCAGAGUUCUUCCUCCAGCAUGUGGACAGCGCUUGUGUUUUCUGGAAUGCCAGCACUCGGUUCUCUGACGGCUACAGAUUUGGACUUGGUGCUGAGGUGGGAAUUAGUACUUCUCGUAUCCACGCGCGGGGACCAGUGGGAAUUGAAGGACUCUUAACUACAAAGUGGUUGCUGAGGGGGGACAAUCAUGUUGUUUCUGACUUCUCAGAGCAUGGGACCAUGAAAUAUCUUCAUGAGAGCCUCCCUCUCCCUCAAAGAAACACCAGCUGAGAACAUCGGGGCGGGGGAACCCCCGGGGAUAAAUGUUCCCUGAGGAUGUUCAGGUUUCAGCACACUCUCUGGGGAGAAGUUUGGUUUUCAUCUUUAGGAACGUUGUUCUCAGUUGCUGUGCAGUAUAAUGAAUACAAAGUGAUCCCAUCUGUAAGGUUUGGGUUUUUUUCCUGCCUGUUUCCUUAGUGUCUGCAAAAUGACCUCCGUUUUUACAGGGGCAGACUUAUUCAAAACAUACAAGUAACUUAAGGAAAGAUUUAAAUAUCUGCUGCAUUUUUUUUAUCCCCACGCUCUCUAUAGCAAAUAUGCUUGGUGGUGGAGCAUAAUUUUUUUCCAAAGUAUUUGUUUUAUUCAAAUAUCUGUUCUAGAGAACAACCUUGAUAGUUGUUUUUUUCCCUCAGUGUUACGAUCGUGGCAGCUCUCAAAAGCCGGGAAGCUUUACACUUAGUGUCUGAUCACCCCGUGCAAGGGGAUAGAUGCUCCAAAUGCAGAGUCAGCUUUUGACCAAGAAACUUUUAUAUCCAGUUCUCUGUAUUGUUGACUGUUGUAGAUAAAUAACACAAUUCUCUACUACA